AUGUUGCUUAACGUCCCAGAUAUACCUGUGUCGACAUCAUCCCUAAGUCACCGGAGAAGAGCCAAGGAGAGGAGGCUGGAAAGAGGUUGGCUCCAUGGGGAGGGAUUCCUCCUCUGCCUCAUUCUCCACCUGCUGCUUCAAGGAAGAGGUGAUGCUUCCACCUUCAAUUGUUCAGGCUUUGACCAGCAUGGGGUGGAUCCUGCUGCUUUCCAAGCAGUGUUUGACAGAAAGGCCUUCCGUCCAGUCAUCAACUUCAGCAUCCCUACUCAUGUCAACAUCUCCUUCACCCUGUCUGCCAUCCUGGAGGUGAAUGCGCAGCUUCAACUGAUGACAUCAUUCCUGUGGCCAAAUAUGAUCUAGUACAAUCCAUUAAUCAGAUGGAACCCAGAGGAAUGUGGGGGCAUCAGGCAGCUCAGCAUAGCAACGGAGAACCUGUGGCUUCCAGAUAUCUUCAUCAAGGAGUUCACGAAUGUGGAUCAGAAACCUACAGGUCUCAUGGCUUAUGUCAACAGUGAAGGGCGCAUCAGAUACGAUAAGUCAGUGCAAGUGAUCAGCAUCUGUAACCUGGACAUCUUCUAUUUCCCCUUUGAUGAACAGAACUGCACGCUCACCUUUAGCUCUUUCAUCCACACAGUGGAUAACAUGGUCCUGGGCAUGCAGGAGGAAAUGCAGAAGAUUUUGAGCACAUCACAGAACCUCAUUCAGAGCAAGGGGGAGUGGGUGCUUCUAGGGGUCCACCAGAGAAAAAUGAAGAUGACUGUGAACGCCAACCAGUACGAACAAAUCGUUUUCUAUGUGGCCAUCAGGCACAGGCCCAGACUCUAUGUCAUAAACCUUCUGGUGCCCAGUGGCUUUCUGGUUGCCGUCGAUGCCCUCAGCUUCUACCUGCCUGCAAAAAGCAAGACUCAUGCCCCAUUCAAGACGACCCUUCUGGGCUACAAUGUCUUCCGGCUCAUGACGAAUGACUUAUUCUCAAAGAGUGGCAUCCCCCUCAUCAGUGUCUACUUUGCCCUGUUUCUGUCACUGAUGGUGCUCAGCCUGCUGGAAACCAUCUUCAUCACCUACCUGCUGCACCUGGCCACCGCUCAGCCCCCACCCAUGCCUCAGUAGCUCCAUUUCCUGCUUCUACACUGCACCAGCCCAACAAAAUGUUGCCCCAUUGUGCCCCAGAAGGGAACUAAGGGCCUGUGCCUCACCCCUUUUCACCUCCAUGGUCUGAAGGAGCCCUUGGAGUUGGUAAAUGGGUGCCCUGGGCCAACGAUGGCUGAGCAGGGAGAUGAGGCUCAGAAGCAGCGCUUGGUCAGCCUGUGGGUACAGUUCAGCCACGUGAUGGACACCCUGCUCUUCCGUCUCUACCUGCUCUUCAUGACCACCUCUAUCAUCACGGUCAUUGCCCUCUGGAACACUUAG